CAUUUCACUGGCAAAAAAAGAAGUUAAAAUUAAAUAAUACAAAUCUAAUUAAUUAAAAUAUCUAAUUUGCACACAUAAUGCAAUAACUAACACACUUAAAUAGUUGUCUUUCAAAAAACCAAAAACACCAUGGAUUUAGAAGAAGAAUCCACCUCCAACACCACCGUCGACGAAUUUGCGGACGCAGAAGGGGCCGAAUACUUUCAAGAACAAGAAGACAACAAAUACAGUAUUAUCCAAGAUAUCCAAGCCGAAUUAACAUCCCAAGAUCAACAAACACUCAAACCAAAUGGUACUGUAAACAAAUCAGAUUCAUUUUCGAGUGAAAAAAGCAAAGAACUCGAUGCUGCUGGUGGGUCUCAAGACAACUUGAGUGUGGCAACAUCUUCCAUGUCAAUAGUCGACGAGGAGGAUAUAGAUUACCUCAAUGACAAUGACUGGUUGUCACAGAAAAAACAUAUUUUCAUUCUCAGUGAAGCGGGGAAACCCAUUUAUUCACUCCACGGAACCGAAGAUAAGUUGGCCACACUCUUUGGAGUGAUUCAAGCGUUGGUGAGCUUUGUCCAACACGGACAAGAUGCAAUCACUUCGAUUCAUGCUGAUGGCAUCAAGUUUGUGUUUCUGGUGCGAAACUCACUUAUUUUGGUGGCUGCCUCAAGAAGCAAUAUGAGUGUCCAGCAAUUGCAAUUGCAAUUAUCUGAUGUUUAUAAUCAGAUUUUGUCUACACUCACUUAUUCGCAUAUGACAAAGAUAUUCGAAAAGCGAAAGAAUUUCGAUUUAAGACGAUUGUUGGCCGGCAGCGAGAGGUUGAUCUUCCAUUUGUUGGCCAAUGAUAGCAGUAAUAAGAAAAUUACAAAUAAUGUAUUUACAUUUUUGACGAAUUCCAUUCGUGUGAUGCCAUUAUCGACAACAGUCAGAUCAAACAUCACAAGCGCCAUCCAAAGCAAUUGUUCGAAAAUAAAAAAUCUAGUAUUUGCUGUGCUAAUAGCUAAUAAUAAAUUAAUUGCAUUAGUUCGUAUGAAGAAGUAUUCAAUACAUCCAGCGGAUUUGAGGUUAAUUUUCAACUUAAUCGAAUGCUCGGAAAGCCUCAAAACAGUUGAAAACUGGAUGCCUAUAUGUUUGCCCAAAUUCGACAUGAACGGAUACCUGCAUGCGCAUGUUUCCUACUUAUCAGCCGAUUGUCAAGCAUGUUUACUACUACUCUCUGUCGAUCGAGAUGUGUUCUUUACACUUUCGGACGCCAAGAAAAAGAUCACUGAAAAGCUCCGCCGAACGCAUUGUCUUGAAGCAAUAAACGAACAAAUCAACAAUGUUCCACAAAAUGAUGCAAAAUUAAGUUUAGCAGCGAUUGGUAUUCCAGAAUUAAGGCAUUUCUUAUACAAACCCAAAUCAUCAUCGCAUCAAUUGCUGUGCUCUGAAAUUAAUCCUCCCUAUACAACUUUGGCUGAAUUUGAGCGCCUGGAAGCUAUCUACUGUGAUUUGCAUCAUCGUAUACACAAUAAUAGUCGACCGCUGAAAUUGAUAUAUGAAGUCAAAGAAAAAGAAGUGGUUUUAGCGUGGGUAACGGCUGCUUCUGAGUUGUAUGCCGUCUUUGAGCCGAUGGUUGACAAAGGCUUGGUUAUAAAAUACGUUGAUAAACUUAUCAAAUGGAUCGACAAAGAACAUGAUGUUUUGUUUAUACGCAACCAUCCAACGUUUUGAUCAUGUUCAGCUGCGUGCGAGUAAAAAAGGAAGCAAAUGAAACGAUUAUGUGAUGAAGAUUAUGCUCCCAACGUCCCAAUAACUACUAUAUACAUAAAUAUACAUACAUAAUUCUACAUAAAUA